CUAUCUUUAAAUACAAAAUUAACCUUACAGUUUGGUAGCAUAGAUUUUGUCUAGCGAAUUUGGCAGUCACUCCCCUAGGGUGCAUAAUAGACUAUAUGUUUAUGGAACUCAUGGCUCUGUGUGAUGCCAUUCGCUGUUGUUAAUCUUUUACUUUUUCUCACUUUAUGUUUUCUGUGUUGCACAAGUGAUCUCUCGGAUGGUCAGCGCGAAGGAUUCGGCUCACGCUUUGGGAGGUGCCAUCCUGUGGAAGUUCAGGUGUACACAUUCAUCUCUCCAGCAUGCUUCGUUCCGUUUCGCGUCGUGUAGGUACAAAAGGGCUGCCCAUAUCGUGGCAAAUCAAGUCCUCUCAUCGUUGGUUGAGCAGCUUGUUGACCAACGUGCUUUAUUUUUUUCUUAAUGUGGCCUGUAAAGGUCUUGUAUAUUUUCGUAUCUUGCUAUUCCAUUUUGGAAUAUCUAUGGCAAAAAAAAAACUCUAGGGUUCAUAUGGAAAAGUAAUCUAAAUUUCAGGGACUUACUUGGUAUUUUAUUCGGCAAAACAGGCUAAGUACAAAAAGAAUCCUCUGGCCGGCCGGCCGGCUGACCCACCAAUCCGGUUCAUCCAAUCCCUACGACGGCCUAGGGCAGGCGAAAUUUGCAACGUCAACCGACCUGCACACUGAAACCUAUGUAAUUUCUCAUCCGUUGGAUACCUCCCACUAAAAUCCAACGGUUGGUGAUAAACCCUAACCACGCUGUGACACUUCUCCCCUCUCCUACUCUUUAUAAGCUGCGCGUUUCUCUCAUCUCUGUUUUCUCGCAGCUGCACAGAGCACACCCGCACCACAAAUCGCUCUUUGCUCGUCAAUUCGUCACCGCCGGCGACAGAAGGAGAGGCUCUUCUUCUUCGUUCCUUUGGUAAGUUCCGUACAUCCUGGUUUCCUUCGCUACGCAUUACAGAUCUAUUCUCGACGUUGCUGUUCGUGCGAUGUAGUAUCAAUUCCAUGUAUGAUUGAGCGAUAGCCAUUGUAUGUGUUUCCAAUCGUAUAGUUUGCUGUUAGCUAAAGUCAAGGAAACUUUCUUACGCUCGUAGUCUCAGUUUCGUGUGUUAUCUAGCUAUGUCCGUCUGCUCCAUGAAUCUGAUUUUCGUUGGAAGUUUCUGUCGUUGUAUGUCGUUGAUGCUUAUGGAGCAUUGAUACGUUCAUCUUUGUCAUUGCUAAUUGUAUGCCUGAGCAUCACUACAUCUGUUUAAUAAUGGAUCAGUUCAAUUCUGUCAUGGAGAAGUCAAUGCCUAAAGUCUGUAGGGUUAGCAUCAUAGGAACGGCUACUUGUUGUGAUAGUGGUCUAUUCUGGUGGUGUUAUGGAUGGAAUAGAGUUUCUCGAUUGAAUUUUCGUUAUACAUCAUUGUGAUGGUUUGUGUGAUUAAUCAUCAGUUUCUGUUUUCAAUGGUCUGAUGUUAUAGGAUGUAGAUUGACUUUUUAUACUGAUGUUGAAUUUGUUCAUGUAUUGCAGUUUUUAUCUCAAGAUGGGUAAGGAAAAAGUUCAUAUCAAUAUUGUGGUCAUUGGCCAUGUCGACUCUGGGAAGUCAACCACCACCGGCCACUUGAUCUACAAGCUUGGAGGUAUUGACAAGCGUGUGAUCGAGAGGUUCGAGAAGGAAGCUGCUGAGAUGAACAAGAGGUCAUUCAAGUACGCAUGGGUGCUUGACAAGCUCAAGGCUGAGCGUGAGCGUGGUAUCACCAUUGAUAUUGCCCUGUGGAAGUUUGAGACCACCAAGUACUACUGCACAGUCAUUGAUGCUCCGGGACAUCGCGAUUUCAUCAAGAACAUGAUUACUGGUACCUCCCAGGCUGAUUGUGCUGUCCUCAUCAUUGACUCCACCACUGGUGGUUUCGAGGCUGGUAUCUCCAAGGAUGGCCAGACCCGUGAGCAUGCUCUCCUCGCCUUCACCCUUGGUGUCAAGCAGAUGAUCUGCUGCUGCAACAAGAUGGAUGCCACCACCCCCAAGUACUCGAAGGCUAGGUAUGAUGAAAUCGUGAAGGAAGUUUCAUCCUACUUGAAGAAGGUUGGGUACAACCCAGACAAGGUUCCAUUUGUUCCCAUCUCUGGGUUCGAGGGAGACAACAUGAUUGAGAGGUCGACCAACCUUGACUGGUACAAGGGCCCAACCCUUCUUGAUGCUCUUGACAACAUCAACGAGCCCAAGAGGCCAUCAGACAAGCCACUCCGUCUCCCACUUCAGGACGUGUACAAGAUCGGUGGUAUUGGAACUGUGCCAGUGGGUCGUGUUGAGACUGGUGUCAUCAAGCCCGGUAUGGUUGUUACCUUUGGUCCCACCGGGCUGACAACUGAGGUCAAGUCUGUUGAGAUGCACCAUGAAGCUCUCCAGGAGGCACUCCCUGGUGACAACGUUGGGUUCAACGUGAAGAAUGUUGCUGUCAAGGAUCUCAAGCGUGGGUUCGUUGCCUCCAACUCCAAGGAUGACCCUGCGAAGGAGGCUGCCAACUUCACCUCCCAGGUCAUCAUCAUGAAUCACCCUGGUCAAAUCGGAAACGGCUAUGCCCCAGUGCUCGACUGCCACACUUCCCACAUUGCUGUGAAGUUCUCUGAGAUCAUGACCAAGAUCGACAGGCGAUCUGGAAAGGAGCUCGAGAAGGAGCCCAAGUUCUUGAAGAAUGGUGAUGCCGGGUUCGUGAAGAUGAUUCCGACCAAGCCCAUGGUGGUGGAGACCUUCUCCGAGUACCCACCUCUGGGUAGGUUCGCCGUGAGGGACAUGAGGCAGACUGUUGCUGUGGGUGUCAUCAAGGCCGUGGAGAAGAAGGAUCCUACUGGUGCCAAGGUCACCAAGGCUGCUGCCAAGAAGAAGUGAACCGUGCAGGAUGGUUGUUUUUGUUCUGAGUUGAAGCGUCUUAUUAAUAAUCGUUUUUGUUGUCCCUGGAACGCUCUGUUGUUCUCUCUGUUAGAUUUUGGAAUGCCUUCGCCAAGCUUUUGGGUUUUGUCAUUGGGUGCCCUAUCUCAGAAUUGGGUGCUUGAUAGACGGUGGCGGUGGUUGCGGGGCCUACUAUCUUAGCAUUUUGAGUACUGUGUUUGAGCAAGUGGUUUGUAGGUUUCAUUUACUGUUCCUUGUGUCGAGGUGCUCUUUCUUCAUGAGUGGCUCAAAAGUUUUGUUUUUUCAUGUGGUAUUGAACAGUCGAAUAUUUUCUGGCCGUUACACCUUUUCUGUAGCAGUUCCUUUGUUUACGAUCGCUUGCCUACUUAAUAUCUUAGUUUAGUUAAGCUUUUAGGUUGCUCAUGUCUGGUGCCAGUACUUCCUUAUGAAUUAUGAUUCUGCAUAGGGUAGGGACGUUGUCCAGAACUCCGCUUGGCAACACCUUCCACUGCCAAUUUCAGCUUGUAAUUUUACUGAUUUGUUCUCUUGCUUUCGGAAACGAAAACCGAGUACGAGAAAUGGGUGGAUAGAUAAUGAACUCUCAACUCAAUG